CUCCGCUAUCUUUAGCCCCGCCACGGAUUACAGUGCGCAGUGUGUCACAGACUGCGUCCUGGUUACACCUGCUCCGUACAUCGCUGUGUGUCCUUUACGCUUUAAAACAUACACACGUAAAACAGGAGUGAUGGGGGAAUGACAACAAACUGCGUCUCCGUCUCCGGUUCUCCGUCCCCGAGAAGACCCCCAGGAUGCUGCUGCCCUCCAGCCCGAGGAACGGACGCCUGCGCUGGGCCUCGCUGCUGCUGCUCGCCGCGGUGCUUCUCUGUGUAGCCCCCAUCAGUGCUAGCCUGCCAGUUGGCAGUAAAUGCCCUCACCAUUUAGACUGUGCCAAAGAGGGACGCCAUUUCUGCAGACUGGGCUCAUCUCGAUGUGGCCCCUGCCUCUCUCCGUUGGUGGAGAACGACGAGGGAAGUUGUGUGGUGAGGAAGAGGCACCAUAAGCAGGGUAAAGUGGCAUUCUACCCCGACCUGGAUGAAGAGAUCGAUUUCCUCCACUCUGUCAUCGAAAAACAGGAAGUGACAGAGAUAGAGACACAAAGACACCACACUACCAAACAUCCUGCUGCCGUCACCACCCAGAAAGAUGAUAAAGUAACCAAGCCAGGUGGCACCAAACCCAAAGUGAAAAGCCAGAAUGACAACAGUACAGAUCCCCGCCCCACGGUUCCUGCCCUCUCUGAACCACCGACCCACCAGCCUCGGGCCACCCGAGUACAGGAUCGAGCUGGUCCUAUCGCUGUGCCAGCAUCCAGAAAUGACACGCUUAUAGUCAUCAUGACCUUGCUGUUUGUGGUGGUGGGUUCUGUGGCAGUGAUCUUGGCAACCGUCUGUUACGUCAAGUUGCAGAAAGAAUCGCGUCUGGCUCAGAAGGUGGACUACCCAGCUUUCGGAGGAGGAACAAGCUUGCCUGCUCCCCCAGCCAACGGUACCUCGAUGGGAGAUAAGAAUCUGGCUCAAAGUGCACAGAUGUAUCACUACCAACACCAAAAACAGCAGAUGCUCUCAAUGGGAAAUAACAAACCUGAACAGAAAACCGUUGACACAGAGGUCACAUCAGAUGAGGAAGAAGUGGGAGGAGACUUCACAGUAUACGAGUGCCCCGGACUCGCACCGACUGGAGAAAUGGAAGUGAAGAACCCUCUGUUUGAUGACUCCAAUUUACAUUUCCAGGAAAAUCAAAAGUGAAUGCUGAACCCUUUACGAACGCACGCACACACACACACACCGACACCGACACUCACACACACACACACACACACACACACACACACACACACACACACACACACACACACACACACACACACACACACACACACACACACACACACACACACACACACACACAAAUACACACAGGUGAACUGCAUGCAUAGAAAUGAAGGUUUCCUGUCAGAGGAGGUGAUACAAAUGAUUGUUUUCUUGUUGGCCCUUUACGAUAUCAUGUUAUAAUAAUACAAAUAUAUGUUGGGUUCCUUGUUAAUUUAAUUCUCUCACUAAUUUCGAGCUUUCCUGUCUUUUAACAUAUCGUUUUCAGAGUCCUUAUUUAAUGUUGUUGUCUUGUUUGAAUGUUAUUCUCUUAAGUUAAGAUUUUUCCUUCCACUUUGGUUACUUUCCUUCAUUUUUGCAGCUAUUUCCAAAGAAUGUGUUACAACAGCAGACAUGUGUACAGCAGACAGAUACACAUGCAUAAGCUGAGAAACAGGUGCCCUCCCCUUGUUUUGUCAUGCAUAGUUAGUAGCUAAACCACAUUCCCAACGGAUUCAAAGCUUAAAAUCAGAUCUCUGUUAUACCUCCUGUAAAAACUCCCAAACGCAACACCAGGUUGAGAAUUAAAAAUGUUAACGUUGGUGUUGCUCAUUUUAUUCCUUGUUAUAAGCUACGCAUAAAUAUUUUAAGAUUAUAGAAAAACUAUAUAUGAAAAUGAAGUACUUGAUGAUGUCUGUCGCAUGGUUGGACUGUACCGUGUUUGGAUCAUGGCAAAAGUUAUUGGGCCUCCUGUAUGUAUGCAUCCUGUAGCUGGAGGAGGAAUGUACAGUAAAAGUGAUUUAUGAGCACUUGAAGGAAAUGUUGGUGACGGACUAUACUGAUGGAUGUGUAGGUGAUAAAUAUCACAAUCUUAUAUUGUCCCUCUUUCCUCUCUGUCCUCUUGUCCGUCCCAAGUUAACUCUGUGCUGCAAAAUGUACAAAAACGAGUGAAUGUGUUCACUUUUUAUAGAUAUUUGUACAUGCAGACAAAGGAUUGGAAUUAAACGUUUUUACCACACGUGAAAAUA